AUGUUUGGAGAAAAAGUGCUCGUAAAAAAAGCAAAACAGACGAGAAGAAUAGAAAUGCAUAACGUCAAUAAAAUCUGCUCUGGUUCAUCAAACAUCAUCGUAAAACUCCGAAAAGCAAUAAAUUUGUUUACGACUUUGAUUGUGGUGGCAAAUGCCAAAUGCCUUCUCCCAUCUUGUGAAGAUCAUAAUCGCAAUAAUUACAUGAUGAUUUCUCUCAAUAACAAAACCAUUGUUGUCUUUACCAUUCCCGGUGGUGAUCCACAAAACAGCAGAAAAAAGGACUUUAGGACACGAGUGCAAGUCAGAAAUAUUUAA